AUGUCACCAGUGUGGCAGUUGGAUCAUGGGCAGCCGGCGGGAAGGUCUCGAUGGUUUUCAGUGGAGCGUUUGCAUGUGUUGAAUCUGAGGACAACUAAUAGAUGGGCGGCUAUUUAUAGUAUUACUUAUACCUUCCAUUCUCAGAGUCCAUGCGCCGGCAGGUGCCAAAGUACUGUGCCAUGGCAGUGGCUCGUCAAAGGCACCCUGUCUGGGCUCGAGUGGAAACGUGAGGACGUUAACCUGAGGUUGGGAAUGGAUUACUACAUUGCCAUUGAUCUACAUCAACAUCUACAUGAAUCCGAUUAUCCGAAUCGUCUGAAAAUCGUCCUCGAGAUCCUCGCCGAUUCCUCGGAACCGCCUCCAAGUUGCCUAGUUGAGUCGUUUGCGCUGCCUCAAGCUAACGUCAGGUGUCGAUUGAUAAUGAAUUGGACACGACUCGAGUUGCCCCGCUUGAGGAAAACCCCAAAUAUCCGCCUCUUCCAUCUCUAUUACACCAAAGUUCCUCUAAUCCACUCGACCAUGAAUUCCAUUAGUCUACCUGAUCCUUGCCUUACUGCUCAGACGAUUCGUACUGGCCUCGUUGACCCAGAUGUAGGAGGAAUUGCAGUAGGAGUGUCCAUUACCCUCGCGGAACUUUCUAAACAUAUGCCACAUCUCGAGAUAAUAGCGAUCCUCCUACGCUGGUCAGAGCCUGAGGAUGACCUCAAGACUUCGAUCUUUAUGCUUAUAUCGCAAGUCUAUCCCAUUCUCAUCGCAACGGCGUCAAGCAUUGGGAGCGAGAACCUCUCCUUGUUCGAUGCUCAUUAUGCUGUCGCCGUUACUGCUUCACCGAUAACAGUCUACCUUGUCUAUUCUUCAUUUCGAGACGUUUUCCGCCGUCCGAAUACUCUUUUUAAGAAGCUGGCGUCGUCUAAGGCCGUUGUGCGGUACCUCGGCCUGAUCCUACCCUUUCUCUGGCUGUUUGCCUUCAGCAAUAGUCCACUCUGCCGGGGAAUGACACUAUCUCUGUGGACUGAGUUCCAACUCGCAUCCAAUUUUAUCGGCGUCCUUAAUGGGUCUCCCAACAUGGAAGCGAAUUUUCUUAACCGUCUGGCAUGUACCGAUGGCGUGUUGGUGACUUCAGUCUUCUCUAUAAUACCGCCCUUCCUUGCCGUCGGCGAAUUACUCAUCAAGCGAUCGACCGAUAUAUGCAAUUACUUCAAGAGCCUGCCCCGGUAUCUCUAUACUGGUGUCCGAUUUUUACUGACUGGGCGACCAAACUCCUGCAAACAAGAUCUUUUGGAAACACGGCGCGCUUCCUGGUCACCCCUCCAAUGGCUAGGUGUGGAACUGGUGUGGACCAGUUACUUUGAGCUCGUAAGAUGGUGGAAGACCCGUGAAAUGACGACAGCGUCCCCAAUGGACAAGUUACUAUAUGAGAAAUUCAUCAAGUAUUUGAAGAGGACCUUCCAUCUCACAAUCGUCCUUCCCAUUGCCUUCGCCAUGUGCGCUGGCCCAUUAUUUGCCCCAUUUGCUGGCCUGCCUCUCGCCCAACAGUACCAAUGGACACACCUCUGUGGUGACUCUUUCGCGGGAGAAGCCAUCAUCCAAUCUCCCUCACUCGGUUCUUCUCGACAGCCUUUCAUGACAUUCUAUUACCCCGAAACCCCAGACUCAACAGCCAAAAUCCACUACUUCGACUACGUAAUGACGAACGACCCAAACGCAUCAACCCAAACGCUCUCAUUCGCCGGCGCAGCAUCACAAGGGGUCGUUCCCGCCGACCUCCGACCAAACAUCCAAUCCGUAUCAAUCGCCUCCCCCGGAAAAAACAAUGCCAUCUCAGCGCAAUGCGUAACCACAAUAAACUCAACUUCAGUUCCCGUCCCAUGCAUGACAGGGACUUAUCAAAUUUCACCCUAUCUCAACUUUUCACUCCAAGACUCUGGGAACACCACUUAUCUUCGGGCGGUCGAUAAAGAGUGGCAAUUCAUCGAUGAUGCCCCAAGCUUUGUCCUUCGAUACUCCUCAUCAGAUCCACGCCAGCCACUGGGAAGUAUAGCUAUUGAGACCGCUGUCACGGAGCGCAACCGCUGUGAGGUCCUCAAAGUCUGCCUUGGCUCCAGGAAAUUGGGUUUCGAUAUCCUGGCUCCCCUCGGUGUAGCGUUUAUCUCUCAGAACAACUUCGCCGCCUACUGCACGCAGCCUCGAAUUUAUAACCUUUAA